AUGGUUAAUUUGACUAGUGGUCCUAUCCAAGGUAAAGUUACUGAAUAUGAAUCGAUUGGUGUUUACCAGUUUCUUGGUAUUCCUUAUGCAAAGCCACCGGUUGGUAAGUUGAGGUUACAGUUACCAGUUAAACCAGAUCCAUGGACUGAGGUUAAAUCAGUGACUGACUUCGGUCCAGUUUGUCUCCAACCAACAAGUCCACUUGACACAAGAAGAACCAGCGAAGACUGUCUUUAUCUGAAUAUCUAUGUUAUCGAAUCAACUUUUAUUAACUCAUCAGAAAGACUGCGACCAGUACUAUUCUGGAUUCAUGGAGGAGCUUUUACAUCAGGAUCUGGCAAUGCAGACACUGGAGGUAUUCCAAUGGUCCCGUUGCGUGAUGUUAUACUUGUUACUAUGAAUUAUCGUCUUAAUGCAUUCGGUUUUAUCUACUUUGGAGCCGAUGAACCUCGAAUUCCUCCAAAUAUUGGUUUGCAUGAUCAACUAUUUGCUUUGAAAUGGGUUCAUGAAAAUAUUCAUAUGUUUGGUGGUGAUCCGAAUAGUGUGACAAUUUUCGGGGAAUCUGCUGGAUCUUGGUCAGUUUCAGCUCACCUAUUAUCCCCACUUUCCAAAGGACUCUUCAAACGAGCUAUUCUUCAGUCAGGAACAGUUUAUAUAGACCAUGAUUUAGAUACAUUGAUUACUGAUUCUUGGAAGCUUUAUAACGAAACAGCAUGUUCGAAAUCGGAAGAUGUUCUUGAAUGCAUGCAGAAUUUGACUGCAAAGGAAAUUUUGAAAGGUUUAGAAGGAUUAUACGAUAAUUCAGUUGACCUUUUACUAGGCGUUGAAAAGAAUGAAGCUUCAAUUUUCAUGAAUGGCAUCGAUCCCAUAGCCUUCAAUUACGUUUCUCCUAAGCCGAUAUCUUUUCAUGAAGCUACAAACUUUUUGGAACGUAUUUUUGAUUCUAAAUCAAUUGACUAUUUUUGUGAACUCUACAUUGGUCCGGAAACUAACAAUUCAGAUUAUUUGCGAUGUCAACUUGAAAGAGCUUACAGUGACCUUUUAUUUGUUUGUCCGACUUAUAUCUUUGGUCAUCAAUAUGCUUCUAAUUUAGGCAAACAGGGUGGUAAAGUGUAUGCUUAUUUCCACACACAAAGACCAAAAGCUUAUCUUUCUUUUUUUAACGAAUGGAUGGGAACAUUUCAUUCUUCUGAUAUUCCAUAUGUUUUCGGUUUACCUCUGAUAAAGUCUGGUUAUUCACAGAAAGAUAUUUCAUUGAGUCAUGAAAUGAUGAAAAUCUGGACUCAUUUUGCUGAAAAUGGGUAA